AUCUCCGCCCGCCAAAGACCGCCACUCUCACCACCGCAUGUAGAAGAAGCCACCGCCUUCAAUGUCGUCCAACGACCAAACCCUAGCCUCGCUAGUCUCCCACCUCAUCUUCUCCUUAGACGGCGCCGUUUUCGGCACAAUAGUCGCCUUCGCCGCCGUCGGAUCCUUCCGCACCUACAAAUCCAGCUCCUCCGCCCUCCACAAAAUUCGCCAAGCGCCCUCCGUCAACGUCUCCGAUCUCCGCUCUGUAAUCCCCGACGACUCCGACCAGCCUCAGCCCUCCGAUGCCGCCAAGCUAGUCGUCCUCCGCGGCCGCGUCCAAACCAAACCCGGUGCCGACGGCAUCUACAAGAGCCUCAAGUCCAGUGCCCCCGUCAACCCUGACACCGAUGAACACACGUACUUGGACGCCGUCAUCGUUCAAAGAUCGCAGCGGCUUUUGUAUGACGAGUGGAAGGGCUUGUUUGGGUGGACGUAUGAUGUGAGAGCCAAAUUGGCGAAGCCAUGGAGAGAACAAGAAUCGAGGACGAUCAAAGCGGUUCCUUUUGUUCUUGGUGAGAGUGGAGUUUCCGAUUUCGUUGUUCCGAAUUUCGAUGGAUCAAAUCACUCCGUUCCUCUAAUCACAGUUUAUCAGCAAAAGCAGCUGUUUACUCCCAAUCCCUAUACAUUCCUGCAGAAAAUAUUCGGUCAUGAUUACCCGAUUGGCCUACAAGAUGAAGAAAAGAUUCUUCCAGUGGGAGUUGAAGUCAGUGCUGUCGGUACCUGCAAUUUCCAGAAUGGGAUACCGGAAAUCAAGUCAUGCAGUGAUCUUCCUUAUUUUAUGUCUUUGCUUGAUAAGGAAGAGUUGGUUCUAGAUCUUGAACAGAAGACAAACAAACUAUUCUGGGCUGGGGUGGGUCUUGGUUUGUUGUCAGUUGGAAUCCUCUGCUAUGCUGCUGUAAGGAAUUGGCACAAAUUGAAAGAACGGAGGCAACAGAGGCAGCAAGAGCAAGCAAGCGAUGCAGCUAGCACCAUUGCUGCUCCUCAAAUUGAAGAAGAAGAUGAGGAAGUAGGGGAAGUAUCUGAUGGGCAAUUAUGUGUCAUCUGUCUGAUGAGGAGAAGACGAUCUGCUUUCAUUCCGUGUGGGCAUCUCGUGUGUUGUCAUCGCUGCUGCACAUCCGUUGUGCUAAGCACAUCACCCAAAUGCCCGGUCUGCAGGCAGGAGAUCCGCAGUUCGGUACGGAUAUAUGACUCUUAGUUGUAGUUUUUAGUAUUAGGAUAUACGAGGAAGUUUCAUGUAAAGUGAUUCUUGAUAGUUGAGGAGUAGUCUCUUACCCAUGAGUUUAACUGUAGA